AUGCUUCUUUCACAGCAGCAGUGGCAGAGGCUGUUUGUACUGAGUAGCUUGGUGCUAGGGAGCCUUUUCUUUCUGGUGGUCAGAGAGGGCACUUUGGACAGGCUGCAGCUAAUCUGCCCCAUUAAGGACAGACUGUCCCCUGCUGGUGCGUCAGGGCAGAUUCUAUUACAUACAUUGCAGCACAAACAAGCUCUACGUCUCAAGCUGCACAGGAGAAACAGCACAAGGAAGCAACUGCGAAUGUACCACCUCAUUAAGCAGCUGCCCAGAGCUAUCAUCAUAGGGGUGAGGAAAGGUGGAACUCGUGCACUGCUGGAGAUGCUCAGUCUUCACCCUGAUGUUGUCAAGGUCUCCCAGGAGGUCCACUUUUUCGACAAUGACCUGACCUAUGCUCAUGGUGUUGACUGGUACCUCAAAAAGAUGCCCUUCUCUUUUCCUCAUCAAAUAACUAUUGAGAAAAGUCCUGCAUAUUUCAUCACUGAGGAGGUACCUGAGAGGAUCUUUAAGAUGAAUUCCUCCAUUAAACUUUUGUUGAUUGUGCGUGAGCCCACCACCCGCGCUGUUUCUGACUACACACAGGUCUUAGAGGGCAAAGAACGCAAAAACAAAACAUAUGACAAGUUUGAGGAACUUGUGAUUGAUACCAACACUUGUGAGGUGAACACAAAGUACAAGGCUGUACGGACUAGCAUCUACACCAAGUACCUAGAACACUGGUUAAAGUUCUUUCCCAUUGAGCAAUUUCACAUAGUUGACGGAGACCGCCUCAUCACAGACCCACUUCCAGAGCUUAAACUGGUUGAACAAUUCUUAAACCUUCCUUCACGAAUCAGUCAGUACAAUCUGUACUUUAAUGCCACACGUGGAUUCUUCUGUCUGCACUUCAACUUCAUGUUCAACAAGUGCCUGGUGGGCAGUAAGGGCCGGAUCCAUCCAAAUGUAAAUCCCUCCAUCAAGGAAAAACUGCAACGCUUCUUCCACCCAUUUAACCAGAAGUUCUAUCAGAUCACCGGCAGGACAUUCAGUUGGCCCUGA